CGUCAGGCUGCACUCCUGGGCGUCCCGGUGGUGGCGCUGUCGGUCAAGAUGGUUCUGGAGAGGCUGUUGGAAAUGCACGGACCCGAGGAUGAAACUGACAGGAGAGAGCUGCUCAUCUCCUCUGACAGAGUCCGGCUGCAUGUCCUGCUGGACUCCUGUGGAGAACUGCUGUCCCAGGGGGCGCUGUGUCCCAAGCUGCUCUGGCAGGAAUACAGAAAAGCUCAGAGACUGCCGAACCUUGAGGUGGUUUAUGGUCUACACUGCUCCAACCUUCUCACUCACAAGUACAUUUUCGAGAGUGAUGAAGAUGCUGGCAUGUGGUUGGUGUCACGGAUGCAGGCUCUAUGUGAGUGGACGCCUCCACAGGGGGACGAGGAGAGCCGACAAGUCCAGUACAGAGUGCUGUCCACUUUGUUUGGGGUCUUGGUGGAUACUGGUUUUGAAGAAAGCCACGAUUCGGCAGGUCCCGGCCGGAGGGUCUCCCUGCUGUGCCGCUCAGUCCUGGACAAAAUGCUUUUCUGGCUUCUGGACAUCGUGGACAGGAAUGUGAACGUGCACACAGUUGGAACAGCAGCUGAUCUAUGGAUUCGGCUCUUUGAUCCUUCUCUGUGUGGCGUCUGCGUGUCAGCACGAGGCCUUCAGUGUUUCUUUACUCUCUCGCUCACACAGGCGCUCACCUACAAACCUCAGUUUACAGUGUCCGAUGCCAUCAGUCUGCAGAGCCAGUGGACGUUUGCGAGAUCCAGUGGUGUGUUGACCUUUCUGUUUCGUAAGUUGGCGGUAAUCUUCAGUGUGGAGCAGCUGUUGUGUCACCUGCAGCAAGUUUUGGAAACCCAUGAGGUCAACUGGAAACAUGUCCUGUGUUUCCUGUCCACUCUGCUGGUUUAUAACCCCUGCGCUCAGACCAGCCUCCGAGAGCUUCUGGCUAAAAUGCUGAGGUCUGCAUUUGAAGGCUACGACUUGGAGAGGAUAAUCACUGCCUUUCUUUUGGCUCGACAGGGGGCACUGGAGGGUCCCAACAUCUUCUACUCUUAUAGCAACUGGUUCAAGAUGUGUUUUGGUGGCAGCAGUGGAAACCAUGUGACCAGUAAAAAGUCUCUUGUGUUUCUUCUGAAGUUCCUGUCUGACCUGGUGCCCUUUGAACCCGCACAGUACCUCAAGGUUCACAUCCUACAUCCUCCGUAUGUCCCUGUGAAACACCGGGGCCUGCUGAUGGACUAUAUCUCCCUUGUGAAGACCAGGCUGGUUGAUCUCAAGGAGUCUGUAGAGGACAUGGGUUUGUUUGAGGAUGUGUGUGGGGCCACCACUGCACCUGAACAGGCUGUCCAGGACGUGGAAAAGGCGGUGUCUCUGUUUGAGGGCACAGGACGGAUCUCUGCCACCGUCAUGGAGGCCAGUAUUUUCCGGAGACCGUACUUCCUGACACAGUUCCUGCCUGCUCUACUGACACCGAGAGUCCUGCCUGUGAAAGCCGAUGCUCGGAUGACUUUUAUAGAAGUUCUGAAAAAUGCUGAUAAGAUUCCUGCGGCUCAGUUUUCAUCCUACGUGGAGUCCUGCCAGCGACAGCGACACAGUAAAGCCGUGCAUGUGGACAGCCCUGAUGCUCCCGUGGAGGUCCUGGAAGUUCAGCUGCAGCAGUUCAGGGAGCUGGUCAGCGCUGGAAGUGAUGGAGAGAUGUCGGCCCAGCUGUCUAGAGUCUCCCACACUCUGAGCAUCGUUUUCCCGGGUGUUCCUGAGCGGCUGCUGGAGCCGAGCGUGGUCAGGCUGCACACUGACACAGCCACCCUCCCUCAGCUCCACGGCGCAGUUGUCAACUUGAUGUUGAGGAACUUCUGUCAGUGUGCGCUCGACUCAACGCGAGCAAACCCGCCUAACAAACAGAGUCUGUGGGCAUCUGGGUUUGUUGCUGUGAUCCGUGGCAGCUCACAGCUGCUCUCCAGUCUUCUGCACCGACUCUUUCACCUCUUUCGUCAGCAGGAGGCGCUGCUGAGCAGUGCCCACUUGCUUGGCCUGGCAGUGUUGGUGGCCCACCUUCACGUUUCCCUCUCCCACAGUCACGUGGUUGAGGUUCUGCCCCCCGCUCUGCCCAGACCCGUUCCUGUUGGAGAAGCUCUCAGCUUGGCGCUGGUCUGCAGCACUCGUGCUCACAUGCACAUCUGCGUCAGGUUGUGUUUGGCAGUUGUGAGCUACGGGUUGUGCAGAGGAGACUCACUGCCUCGGCGGGACGAUUACAUCAUCAGCAGCUUCUAUAAGAAGCUUCUUUACCUCAUCCCGAGGCUGCUGCCUGAAGCCAGACGGACUCCAGCUCCAGCUGCAGAGUCCACUGAGCUGUCUGACCUCUGGACAACCACCUCAGAACCCAACACAACCUGGAGGAAAGCUGCUCUGCAUUUAUGGAGGCACUCUGCUUUCUGUCAGCUUGGGCAGACACCACAGUAUCAGUUGUUCUUCACAGAUUGGCUAACCAGUGAGCUCAGCGUGCAGCGGAGUGAAGACGCCCUUUCUGAUGCCGAGCGGCUGGAGUACCAGCAGUGGGCGUGUCUGGAGUUGUACCUGCACCUCCCUGUGGAGCGUGGAGGCUGCGGAGGCGACAUGAAGAACCUCUGCUCUCAACUUGUCAGCGCCAUCAUGGACAAGCAGUUAAGCGACGGCAGACUGGGCGGGGGCGUGUCAUCCACAGGAAGCUGUCUUCCAGACAUCCUGUCCAAAUUACAGGAAGUCAUCUGCGAGAUGACUGUGAGCAGUCCUAACGCCCGACGUGAUGUUUGUGAGGUUCUCUUUAAGCUGUUGUCACAAAGGUGCUUGGUAACGUCAGCAGCCGUCAGCGCUGAUCUGAGUGUGCAGCGCACGCUGCACGUGUGGAACAGAGUGUUACUGGCACUCCCAGCAGUGUCACUGGUCAAAGUGACAAGUGAACGCGUUACCACAACUCUGGACUGUCACGGCAUGAUGGAGCACGUUAACCAGCAGCAGAGGAACGCCUGUUCUCCAGCCGGCCUGCUGUCCCGUCACGUAACCACACACUUGGUUAAAGGCUUGUUAUGUGCCAGCGCGCAGUGCACGAACUCGUGCCGAGAGUUUGACCAGGCCUGGUGUGAGAUCAGUGUCCACUGUCCUCUGCUCCUCGUCUCCACUGCACACUGGUGGAAGUGUGUAUCUCCAGCUCUGCUGUCACUGUGGCAUCGUUUGACUGGUGGAGGAGCUGUGCCGGACCAGCUGCAGCUUCUCGCCUGCUGUCAGCGCUGGGCCUGCAGCAUGGACGACGACCUCGACGCACCGAUGCCUCUAGCUCCGCCCCUGCUUCUGGCGGCCUGCCUGCAUCGUGCGUGCCAGCGGCGUAAAGUGGAACAGCAGAAAAUUGGAACCAGCCUGGAAAUGAUGAAAUUGGAGAGGACAGGGCAGCGGCAGCAGGUGCUGGUUUUUAUGCUCUUCCUGUGUGUAAAUACCCACCUGUCCUCGCUGCUGGACCCUCAGGAUCAAGACCAGCAGAGGUCCAGAACCAUGUGCACAUAUCUGCUGACGGUGCUGGUGGACUCGCCUGAUUGGCUUGUCAUCUUUCAGUUAAAGGAACACGCUAAGCUGCCAUCACUCAGCAUGAUGACGUCAGACGCUUCCUGCCGACUGCUGCCGUUUGUCUUUUACAGACUGAUGCUGCAGCAGAGUGCUGAGCUCCAGCACAGAGCCGUCGCUUGUCCAGGAUUUGUCCAUACGGCUGUCCUUUGCUACAUCGAGCUGCUGCAGCUUUUCCUGGAUGGACAAAUGCCUCAAACACAGACUGACGCUGCAGCCAAUGAGAUGGAGGUGCUACAGAUUCAGAGCCGCAGUAAAGAGUUUGUGCUGAGGACCAUUGCUGAGGCUCCGCCCACUGCUCUCCGCUGUAGUCAGCUGACACAGCUGGAGUCCCUGUGUGCACAUUUGGACCCAGAAGUGGCAGCAGCUCUGUCUCAACACGUCGGCCCAGAGAUGGACUUCCUGUGAACGUGUGAUGUCACACUGACCAGCAGGAAGUGGUGCUCACAUUGACAGAAGAAAUGUGAUGACAGACUCGACUUGACUCUUAAU